UGAUAAUAUGAUAUAAAGUCAUUUCAGGUAGGCCUUACAGCAUUUCUCUCUUGCUUUUCUCUCUCUAGUUUUCUGCUAGCAUGAGCUAGCAAUAGCAUUCUUCAAGGAAAGAGCAAAACAAACUGAAUGGGAAACUGUUGGAGUCUUCAACCUUCGGGCGAUCGUCCAUACUCAAAUACCGCAGCUGACACGAACAAUCAAUCAGGGAGGCCUCCAUUUUCUUUUGGUCUCAGCAACUUAGGAUUGUUAACAAAUGGCAAUUCCACCUCUCUUGGGCGUAGCAGCAACUCUGGAGGAAAUAGCAGACUAUUUAGUAGUAAUAAUCACUCAACAGGAAAUAAUACAAGUACAUCUCUUUGGGGCUCUGAGAAUAGCAAGAUCUCUCGAGUAAGAGAAGAUGAGGAGUUUCCUUAUGGGCAAAUCUUGGAUGCUGCAAACUUGAAAGUUUUUACUUUGGCAGAACUGAAAGCAGCUACUAGAAAUUUUCGUCCAGAUACUUUAUUAGGAGAGGGUGGGUUCGGUAGCGUAUACAAGGGUUUGUUUAAGGAGAGAGCAACCUCAAAAAGAGACGAGAAUUCGACUAUUGCCAUCAAGAAAUUGAAUUCUAACAGCACGCAAGGAUUUGUAGAAUGGCAGUCAGAGGUGAAUUUCUUAGGAAGGCUUUCUCAUCCCAACCUUGUAAAGCUGUUGGGAUUUGGGCGUGAGGAUGGCGAGUUAUUUCUGGUGUAUGAAUUUUUGCACCGUGGCAGCUUGGACAACCACCUAUUUGGAAGAGGUUCAAAUGUUCGUCCACUUUCAUGGGACAGAAGACUGAAAAUUAUUAUUGGAGCAGCUAGGGGACUAAAUUUCCUUCACUCCUUGGAGAAGAAAAUUAUAUACAGAGAUCUCAAACCCUCAAAUAUACUACUUGACAAGGCAUACACAGCCAAGCUGUCAGACUUUGGCUUGGCCAGAUCUAUUCCUUCUGAUGAUCGCACUCAUGUAUCAACACAGAUUGUAGGAACACGUGGCUAUGCCGCCCCGGAGUACAUUGCCACAGGUCAUUUGUAUGUGAAAAGUGAUGUAUAUGGAUUUGGGAUUGUUUUGUUGGAGAUACUAACCGGUAAGCGGAUAGGCGAGAUAAUACGCCUAAGCGAGCCAAAGUCCCUACGUGAUUGGCUCAAAUCAAACCUAUUAAAUAGAGCAAAAUCAAGAAGCAACAUGGAUGCAAAGUUGGAAGGAAGAUAUCCACCGAACUUAGCUUCACAAGUAGCUCAACUUGCUCUCAAAUGCAUCCAAACAGAACCCAAAAUUAGGCCAUCAAUGAAGGAAGUCCUUGAAACAUUGGAAAGUAUUGAAGCAGCCAAUGAGAAACCAGCUGAUAAUAUAAAGAGGACUACAAAUUCCAAGGCAGUUCGGUCACAUGGCCAACCAGAUGGUGGUUAACGGUACCCAUUAACACCAUCAUAUCAUUCGAAAACGAUAUAUAAAUUAUUGCACGCAUAGGAGCUUAUAGUUAAAGGUGCAUCCCAACAUUUUUGGAUUUCGGGUGAAGCCUGAGGGUAUCUGCUAACAUGAUCACCAUUGGAUCAACUAACGAUCACCACUGGAUCAACUAAAACAGUGAUGUUUUGUAUAAGAGAAUCCAAGGUUGGAAUUGGUAAAAGUAAAACAGUGACGUUUUGUAUAAGAGAAUCCAAGGUUGGAAUCGUCACUAGGCUUUGAUAAGCCAAAAUGUGAAGUUCCCUUGUUGAAGUUCAAUCAAAUUUUUAUCAUGUUCUUGGAGCAGGUUUUUAGGUUUAAUAGAGAUGAAAUAUCAAAUCGCAAUGGGAACAAUUUCAGAGUACAAUUUCGAAGUAAUGACCGUCAUAACAACGCACCUUGAGAGUUCCGGUGCGGUAGUGCAACUGUGCAACCACCAUUUGCAGUGGCUUUGUUGUUGUUAACCUGAAAUUGUUGAUGCGACUACUCGAGCGUCGUUCCCACCGUGUAUGUUCUGGUAUUUCGGCGAUUUUUACUAGUUUAAUAUCUAACCCGAUCAACAAUCAAACCAGACUAACGAUGCUUUCAGUGUUUUAAGUUUUUGAAAUCUUUUGUAUCUAUUUUGGAAUAGCAUGUUAUUUUAUUUAGUAA